CUCGGUUCCGUCCAAACUCUCCGAUGGCAGCGGAGCGGGCAGCAGCGAGUAGCGGGCCUCGGCUGCUCCCCGCCGGGUCAUGGCGGGUGUGGUCCGCAGCCUGAGCCGCUGCCUGCUGCCCGCCGAGGCGAGCCGGGACGCCAGCAGGGAGCGGGAGGCGCGGAGGAGGAGCCGCGAGAUCGACGCCAUGCUCGCCCGGGAGAGGCGCGCCGUCAGGCGGCUGGUCAAGGUCCUGCCUGGCGCCGGGGAGAGCGGCAAGUCCACCUUCCUCAAGCAGAUGCGGAUCAUCCACGGCCACGAGUUCGACCAGGCGCUGCUGGACUUCCGGGACACCAUCUACGAGAACAUCCUCAAGGGCAUGCGUGUGCUGGAGGACGCCCGUGAGAAGCUGGGCAUCAGCUGGCAGCGCGGCGAGAACGAGAAGCCAGGACUUCUGGUGAUGUCGUGGGAGGGCAGAGCGGGCGGCGCCGCGCUAGAGCCCGCCCACUUCCUGCCGUACGUGCCGGCACUGAGCUCGUUGUGGGCUGACGCCGGGAUCCAGGAGGCGUACGCCCGGCGCUCCGAGUUCCAGCUGAGCGAGUCGGUCAAGUACUUCCUGGACGACCUGCAGCGCGUGGCUCAGCCGAGCUACGUGCCCAGCACGCAGGACGUCCUCUUCGCCAGGAAGGCCACCAAGGGCAUCGUGGAGCACGACUUCCUCAUCAAGAAGGUCCCCUUCAAGAUGGUGGACGUGGGCGGUCAGCGCUCGCAGAGGCAGAAGUGGUUCCAGUGCUUCGAGGGCGUCACCUCCAUCCUCUUCAUGGCGUCCUCGUCCGAGUACGACCAGGUCCUGAUGGAGGACCGCAGGACCAACCGUCUGCUGGAGAGCAUGAACAUCUUCGAGACCAUCGUCAACAACAAGCUCUUCCUCAACGUCUCCAUCAUCCUCUUCCUCAACAAGACCGACCUGCUGCUGGAGAAGAUCGCCACCGUCGACAUCCGCAGACACUUCCCAGAGUUCCGGGGGGAUCCUGGCCGGCUGGAGGACGUGCAGACCUUCCUGGUCCAGUCCUUCAGCCGCAAGCGCAGGAACCGAGGGAGGCCGCUCUUCCACCACUUCACCACGGCGGUGGACACGGAGAACAUCCGCUUCGUCUUCCGCGCCGUGAAGGACACCAUCCUGCAGGAGAACCUGAAGGACAUCAUGCUGCAGUGAGCUGCACCUGGGAUCCGGCAGGUGGCGUCAACACAGCCUUCAGAAACACCCGCAGAGGGCGGAGCCUUCGGGGCCACGGAUUUACACCUGAGAUUCAGUUCCGACAAGUCGGCAGAACCGAGUGCAGCUGCCAUUCUGAGAGACAGGUGGG